AUGAGCGCCAGCCCGUCGAAGCGCAGGGAUAUGGACGUGAUGAAGCUCAUGAUGAGCGAUUGGAAUGUGGACCUUGUGGACGACAACAUCUGUGAGUUCACAGUGGAGUUUGGUGGCCCUAAGGACAGCCCCUACGAGGGGGGCGUGUGGAAGGUGCACGUCGAGCUUCCAGAGUCAUACCCCUACAAGUCCCCCUCUAUAGGGUUUGUGAACAAGAUCUACCACCCCAACGUCGAUGAGGGGGCGGGCUCUGUCUGCCUGGACGUCAUCAACCAGACCUGGAGCCCGAUGUUUGACCUGAUCAACGUGUUCGAGGUGUUCCUGCCGCAGCUGCUGCUGUACCCCAACCCGACGGACCCCCUCAACGGGGAGGCGGCCGCGCUGCUGAUGAGGGAUCCCGCUGCGUACAACGCGCGCGUCAAGGAGUACGUGCGCCGGUAUGCGGCGCCCGAGGUCGUCAACAGCCGCAACCCUGCGACCCGCAACGGCGACAAGAGCAGCGAGGACGGCGACGAGAAGAUGGACGGCGGCGACGGCGACAGCGAAGGCGCCUUUUUGUCUUCCAGCGAGGAGGAGGACGACGCCUGA